AUGCAGGCCCCAAGAGCUUUAGGCAGAGCCAUUAUUAACCAAGUUGGUCGCAGAAAUGCUUCCUAUGGUUCCCAUGUCCACUCUACCUACAAUGAUUUGCCUCAACCCCAAGGAAGCUGGCAAACUCAAUACGAUGCCAACCAACGUAAAUACAAUGGGCAUUUAGCAAUGGGUGUUGCUGCUUUGGUAGGAACCCUUGUUUUUGGAAAGGCUGCAGGAUUCUUUGAAUUCUACGACGAUAUUCCCCAACACCCAGCCAAGAUUGACUCAUACAAAUAA